AUGUCGAAACAUAGACAUGGUGGAAGACAAAAUAGGUCUUAUGGUGGAACUGCCGGUGGCAGUGGCGGUCGUGGUGGUGGUGGUCGUGGUGGUGGUAAUAGACAAGGAAAAAUUUCAUAUAAUUCAGGUGAUGAACCUGCAUUUAUACGACAAUUUAAAGAACGUACUGGUUAUAAAGCACCAUCAACAACUGACGAUAAACGUCAAAUGCUUAUUAAUGAAAUAAAUGAUAAUGAUGAACGACCACGUGAUGGAGAUUAUCGAAAAGAUGAUGAAAAACCUCAAAUUGUACAAUUAAGUACAAAUGAUUUAAGUAAAGAAGAAGUUGAAAUUGAAGUAGCAAAAGCUAAAGAAGCUGACGAAGAAAAAAAAUGUAUUGAUUCAAAUGGUCGUCUAUUAUUUCGUAAGCCAAAAGAAAAAACAGAUGACAAUAUAAGUGCAACUAAUAAGUCUGAUAUAAUUGAUAUGGCAUCAAAUAAAUCAAUAAAACGCAAAACUCCAAUAUCAUCAACAACUAUACAAAAAGAAAGUAAUGAUGGAAAUUCGAAUGAAAAAAAAAAGACUAAAGCACAAUUACUUUCAUUUAUGAAUGAAAGUGGUAUUGAUGGAGAUGAUUAA